GACCAUAUAUUCACAUACAUAUACGAAAAAAAAAAGAAAAGAAAAAAGGACACGAUUUUUUUUUCUUCUUCUUUCCAUCAUUUUCUUCACCAAGAAAUUCACAAAUAUACUCACAGAAACACUCCACAGACAAAAUCACACACAUAGAGAGUUGUAGAGGUAGAAGAGAGAGUGAGAUCAAGUGAGGGGAGAGAGAACAAGAGAGAAGAGGGGUAGAAGGGGUGGACAGGGGUUGAAUUCUCCGGCGAAACUCACCGGAACUUGUCGUCUCAGCUGCCAGAUACAUCGAAAGCCAUGAUUUGGCUACUGUUCCGGUGGAUCAAAUCGGAGAAUAGUACCGUCAGUUCAUUUCGACCCAAAUUCGUGCCAAAAACAGGUCACCCUCUCUCUGUUUUCCGCUUAGAUUCACUGGAAAUCGAGACACAAAUUGCAAUGAGGUAGAGGUCGCGUCCAGUUAUUUACUCCGAUGACUGUGUCGCCGGAAAAACGUCGAAACAUACAGUGGUUCAUCGGUUUGCUACUGUUUUGAGUCUUGGGGUCCUGUUUUGUCUUAAUCUGCGUCCCACAACCAGUUUAGAGCUUCAAUUUUGGCGAUACCGAGCUUGAGAGUUUUUCCGAUUGAGGUCUUCUAUUCCGAAUUCGAAAUUUGGGCUUCUUUAAUAUCAUUAUUCAACUGAAAUUGAUUAUCGAAAGGUCCACUUUCUUACCUCCCUUUUUCUUUACCUUGAUUUGUUGAAUUGUCUUGAUUAUGUUGGUGCAACCAUGGUUGGUGGAUUUUUGUUGAAGUUGUGAUGUGAUGAUUAUAUGCGUAACGUGAUUGAUAAAAAUGAAGCUAGCGGGACGGGAUCGAGAAAUUGAUAAAACGAAUGAUUUUAGAUUCAUGUUAGUUUGUUGGUUGUUCUGUUUAGUUCGGAAUAAAUUUUAAGUUUGUGAACACGAUUGGAUCGUGUUUAGGUUGAAAUGGAUAGGUAAUAUAGGUUUGGGUAGACAAAUUUUAGAACUUGUUGAUUGGUUGAAUGUUUGAAUAUGAAAUAUUGGUUGAAUGUUUUUUUUUUUUCUAAUUUAUCGUAUUUGGAUUAAAAUGUACUAUUCAGCCGGGGAAUGCCCCAGGUACUUGUGUUUAUCGGCCGGGGAAUGCCCUGAGUAUUUUGUACCAAGAGGACGUUCGUGAUGAAGGUCCGAGGCGUCUGGUAGAGCAUUAGUCUAGAAUUAAUUUAGAGUAGGAUUUAUUUUUACGCAUUUUUUUAAUUUUAUUUUUGGACUGUAUAAUUAGACUGGACACUAAAUUUUGGAUUGUUUUAUCUUGUUUGCUUGAUUGAUUGUUUUUGCAUGUUUUGUGUGGUUUAUACCCUCGUGGUGUCAAAGUUAGCCGAUACGCUCCACCAAGCGACCGUGGUCGAACCACGGGAUCGAGGGAUGCCUAACACCUUCCCCUCGGUCAACAGAAUUCCUUAGCCGGAAUCUCUAUUCGCGGAUCAGUUUUUAGAGUCAAACUGUUUCGAAAAGGAUUUUCCAAAGGUGACUUGGCACACCGGAUUAUGCCAAGUGACGACUCUGAAUAAAAAAAAAAUGUAAAUAAUCCUUUUUUUUUUUGAAACAAAUUUUUUUUUAUUUUUGUCACCUUAAUAAUAAAACCCUUUCGAACUUAAAGUGCAUAUUUUUUUGGUCAAAAAAGGGGUGUGACACACCUUAUCCUCCAAUAUGGAAUUUCCCGAUAUGAAUCCAGAUUCAAUGGACUUUUAUGGCUAAUAUUGGUGCUCAUACCCUUGUUCUUAUAUAUUUUUCGAGAAAGAAAAUUGAUAUAUAACCUAUUUACAUUCUUUAAUAUGGUACCAGACAUCGGACCGAAAAAAAUAGUUGUUGCAGCCAGACCUUGGUCCUAUAAUGUCAUAUUUAAUUAUUGAUCCAACAAAAGCAAAUUGUACAAAGCAGCCAUGACGAUAUCAUUUGCUUCACACCUCAUCAAAUACAUCAUCCUAAGGCCUAUAUAUACAAAUGAAAAUCAACACAUUGGCAUAGAAUUCUACUACUCAAAAUUAUUUGUUUGUAAUAUUUCCAAAAUAAAAUAAUCAAGAAGAUGGAAAACUCAAAUGAGAAUGUUACUGCAUUUGGAUGGGCAGCUAGAGACACUUCUGGUGUUCUUUCUCCUUUCAACUUUUCAAGAAGGGUGACUGGUGAAAAAGAUGUGCAGUUCAAAGUUAUGUAUUGUGGAAUUUGUCAUUCUGAUCUUCAUCAGAUCAAGGGUGAAUGGAGCAAUAGCAUAUAUCCAAUGGUACCUGGGCAUGAAAUUGUUGGUGUAGUAACUGAAAUUGGUAGCAAAGUGGAGAAAUUUAGAAUUGGAGACAAAGUUGGAGUUGGAUGUUUAGUAGGAUCAUGUAGAAAAUGUGUAAAUUGUGACAACGAUCUUGAAAAUUACUGCCGUGAUCAGAUAAUGACAUACAAUGGUAUUUACUCCGAUGGAACACCUACGUAUGGUGGUUACUCUGAUAUCAUGGUAACGGAUGAGCACUACGUGGUCCACUGGCCGGAAACUUUACCAAUGGAAGCUGCCCCAUUGUUGUGUGCAGGGAUCACAACUUAUAGUCCAUUGAAAUAUUUUGGGCUUGACAAGCCUGGAAUGCACAUUGGUGUUGUUGGUCUUGGUGGACUUGGUCAUAUGGCUGUCAAAUUUGCUAAGGCCUUUGGUACCAAAGUUACUGUCAUUAGUACAUCUCUUAGUAAGAAGGAUGAAGCAAUUGAGCGUUUGGGUGCGGACUCAUUUUUGGUUAGUCGUGACCCGGACCAAAUGCAGGCUGCAGCUGGCUCACUCGAUGGCAUCAUCGAUACUGUUUCUGCAAUUCACCCUCUUCUUCCAUUGAUUGAUUUGUUGAGAUCUCACGGGAAGCUAGUGAUGGUUGGUGCACCUGAAAAACCACUAGAGUUACCCGUAUUUCCCCUGCUUUUGGGAAGGAAGCUAGUGGCGGGGAGCGCGAUAGGAGGGAUAAAGGAGACACAAGAGAUGGUAGAUUUCGCGGCUAAGCAUAACAUAACACCAGAUGUUGAAAUCGUGUCGAUGGACUAUGUGAAUACAGCGUUGGAGCGCCUUUCGAAAGCGGACGUGAAGUAUCGUUUUGUGCUUGACAUAGGCAAUACAUUGAACAAGAGUUAAGAUGGGGACUUCUUGUUUCUGGAAAUAUCUGUUUAUUUAAUUUUUGUUAAGAAAAUUAUUUCUUAUGUUUUGUGUAUCAAAGGAAGGAGUCAGAGAAUAAAUAUGAUAUUGUGUUUUCUAGUAUUGGUAAUACUCAACAAUCGUGUAACGUUGAAAAGUAGAGAAUAAAACUAUCAAAAUUCAGUAUUUA